AUGUCGAAUCAGUCACUGUAUUUGUACCCGUUUUGCCGUCCAACACCUUUGACACUUCCAAAGCAUAAUUAUAACAUUAUUUUUGAAGAGCGUAGAAAUGAGUUUAGAACGCAAGAAGACCUCCGCAGGAAGAAAAUGGUGUUGAUGCUAAACACCCCUGUCAAGGACGUGAGUCGGAUGGAAAAGGUUAAAAGUGGGUUGUCCACUGCAAUGGUGAAUAUAUUGAAAUCAGAGAGGUGUAGUGAGUGUAAUAAAAGUAUCAACAGUAACUUUGUGAUGACUUGUGAGUGCUGUGACGCGAUUCUAUGUCAGGACUGUGUGCGCCAGAAGACACACAAAGAGCGAACAUUUUCACUGUGUAAAUAUUGCGAGUUCAUUUUUAGUACCGUGACCGACGAAAUUGAGUUCAAACAACAAACUAAGGACGCCGAAGAGAAUCCCGUGGUUAUAUUUCGAACACAAAUUGUCAACACGUGUCUCUCUUUCAUGGAGGAAUACCUCACAUUCCAGUUGUUCAUGGACAAACUCCUUUCGAUGGAUGUUCCACGAGAAAAGGAUGUCCAGAAAUGUGAGGACAGUCUUAAAGUGGUCAAAGCCAAAACACAGAAAGUCCUCGACUUACAACAUUUGGUCGACGUUUUUGAUACUCCGAAGAAGCGGUCUGAGGCGACGGUGUCGUCGAAUAUAGUGCGGAGUAUGAAUUAUUUCAAAAGAAAUAUACUGUUUGAGUCGAUCAAUAAGAUCAAAACGUUUGAGAAAGUGUUGGGACAGAUCGAUUCGGUGCUUGACAUCGACCCAGAAGUACUAUUCAUGUCAAGUACAAUGAUUCCUUUGAAGGGCGGGAUGUUAAAAGUGACAUUAAGUUCGUACAGAAAUAUUCGAAUCGUGGUGAAUGGGAUUAACACUAAUUUCCAAGUUGAUGGACAUACUGUACUCUUUAACAUACCUCCACAAUUUAGACCAGAAGAGUGUGUAGUCGACGUUAAAAUAUAUCACAAAGAGAAGUUAGUUAAUAUUCCGGGGCCAAUUUUAUACUUCGAUAUCUCUCAAAAGGACGUUUUAGUGCAAAACAAGAAGACGGAUGAUGUUCUCCAAAAAGUCAAAUUAAUAGAUGCCAAAAAGGAGAAGGACAUCAUCAAAGUGAUAUCGACAAUAGGCAAUAAACACAAAAUACAAAUAGUCGAGUGUGUGGAGGAAAGUGAGAGCGAAGAGUCUUCUGACAGUGAUGAAGAUGAAGUCUCUGUUUUUGAACGGAAAGAUCAAAAAGGGGAGCAAAGAGAAACUUCACACCUCCAAGACCCUCCCAAAGAGCUUAUUGAAAACAAUGAAAAAAUUCCUCAAACAAUUUUAAAUGACAUGAAAAUGGAAAACACACCAAAAAUGACUUUACGAGAGAAAGUUAAGAGUGUCCUUGAAAGUGACAAAAAUGAUGAGAAACAAGAGAAACCACAAGAUAAAGAUAUUUGUACUAUGACUCCCCUCCAGUCGAAAAAAUUGGAUGUACCACAAAAUACGGAAACAGUCUCUACACUAUCACUGGCACAAUCAACACCCACUAAUAUAACUACUACUAAAGACCAAAACAAACCACUGGUAGACGAGAAGAAGAGUAAUAUGACUAUGUUCCGUAAAAGCAGAGUAUUCAAGUUGGCUGGUUCAAAUGGCUUUGAUUAUUGCGACUCAACAACAACACCAACAGAGGAGAAAAGACGCAACACCACCUUCUCCUUAUUCGACAAAAUUCACAAGGAAAAUUCCGAUGACAAACUGCCGAAGCAGAAAGUGGCGAAGAAGAAAAUCGAGAAUUUGGGAGAACUCAAAUUCUCGGUACAAACCCCAAGCACGGUGAAGAUCAAAACAACUGAAGGAUUUGGUGAGGCUCUCCUUAGGAUAGACUCCACCGUCGAAAUAGAAACAAUCACUCCACUCCAGUAUUCUGCAAAUGAAAGUGGGCUCUUCACCAUCACUGGCAAUGGAUUUGGCGAGCAGCCUGUUGUAUACAUAGGUGACAAACAAAUCGUGUGUUAUGAAGAAAUAACUCCAACAAAAAUAGUCGGGUACUUGCCUUAUUUCAAACUGAAGAAGAGUCUCGACGUCGUCGUCGAAAACGCUGAUGGCGUGAAAAACUGUAAAAAGGCGGCAAUAACGGUCUGCUGA